UUCUUUGUUCUGUUUUGUUGCCACGAGGGAAAUAUUGUUACUAUAAAAGCAAAACAAAACUAAAUUGAAAAAAAAAAGAAAAACAGAACAGAAGAGAAGAGAGGAGAAAACGCAAUUGGUUACGAAUAUUUUUAAAAAAGAAAAAAAAAAACAAAUAUGGCCUUUGGGUUUUUGCCACAAAACACUUGAGGAUUUGUUGCCCCCUUCCUUCCCAAUUUUGCAGCCAUUUUUUACUCUUCCACCUUAACAGGGACUUGCAAUUUCUAAAGGUUUCAUCUUUUCUUCGAAAACACUCGCGUAUAUGAGCGGGGGCGAUCUCCCUAUCUCCGUCACAGACAUCAGGAUGGAGAAUGAGCCUGAUGACUUAGCUGUAGCGGAGAUUGACGUGAGCGAUGAAGAGAUUGAUGCGGAAGACCUUGAGAGACGGAUGUGGAAGGAUCGCGUCAGGCUCAAAAGAAUCAAAGAACGAACUAAAAUCGUUUCGUCUCAAACGAAGGAGACGCCUAAGAAGGUCUCUGAACAAGCGCAGAGGAAGAAAAUGUCUAGAGCUCAAGACGGUAUACUCAAGUACAUGUUGAAGCUCAUGGAAGUCUGCAAAGUCCGCGGCUUUGUCUACGGUAUCAUACCCGAGAAGGGGAAGCCUGUGAGCGGCUCCUCUGACAAUAUAAGAGCUUGGUGGAAAGAGAAGGUCAAGUUUGAUAAGAACGGUCCUGCUGCGAUUGCUAAGUAUGAAGAGGAGUGUUUAGCCUUUGGGAAGUCAGAUGGAGAUAGAAACUCGCAGUUUGUGUUACAAGACUUGCAAGAUGCUACUUUAGGGUCUUUGUUGUCUUCUUUGAUGCAGCAUUGUGAUCCUCCGCAGAGGAAGUAUCCUUUGGAGAAAGGGAUGCCUCCUCCUUGGUGGCCAAGUGGGGAUGAAGAGUGGUGGGUGAAGCUUGGGAUGGCUAAAGGACAGAGUCCUCCUUACAAGAAGCCGCAUGAUCUCAAGAAGAUGUGGAAAGUUGGGGUUUUGACGGCUGUGAUUAAGCAUAUGUCGCCUGAUAUUGCGAAGAUCAAGAGGCAUGUUCGCCAGUCUAAGUGUUUGCAGGACAAGAUGACGGCGAAAGAGAGCGUGAUUUGGUUGGCGGUUUUGAACCAGGAGGAGUCUCUUACCCCGCAGCCUAGCAGUGACAAUGGAGCUUCUAAUGUAACCGAGACGCACCGGAGAGGUAAUAACGCUGAGAGGAGGAGAAAGACAGUGAUCAAUAGUGACAGUGACUAUGAUGUUGAUGGGAGGGAAGAGGCUUCAGGUUCAGUUUCUUCUAAAGACAAUAGAAGAAAACAAACUCAAAAAGAACAACCAACAGCCACUUCACAGCCAGUAAGAGAUCAAGAUAAAGCGGAGAAACACCGGAGAAGGAAAAGACCUAGAAGAACUGUCAAUGGACAAGAGGAAGAACAGCCAGAAACUGAACAAAGAAUUGUAUUACCUGAUAUGAAUCAUGUUGAUGCUCCUCUGCUAGAAUAUAACAUCAACGGUACUACUCAUCACCAAGAGGAAGGUGUUUUAGGACCAGAGGAGAACAGUCUGGAGUUGGUGAUCCCUGAGUUUAAUAACAACUAUACUUAUCUUCCUCCUGUCAAUGGACAAGCUAUGAUACCUGUAGAGGAAAGGUCAAUGCUUUACGGACCAAACACUAACCAGGAGUUGCAGUUUGGGUCAGGUUACAACUUUUAUAAUCCCUCUGCAGUGUUUGUGCACAAUCAGGAAGAAGACCUUAUCCAUACACAGAUAGAAAUGAACCCACAAGCACCGCCUCAUAACAAUGGAUUCGAGGCUCCAGGAGGAGUACUUCAACCCCAUAAUUUACUUGGGAAUGAAGACAGCGUCACAGGAAGAGAUUUGCCGCCUCAGUUUCAGAGCGAUCAAGAUAAACUCUUGGACAGUAACAUUCUAUCUCCAUUCAGUGACUUGGCGUUUGAUAGCAACACCUUUUUCUCUGGGUUUGAUUCCUAUGGUGUUGAUGAUCACUUGUCAUGGUUUGGAGCUUAGUCUCUUAACAUUUUUUUGUUGGGAGGUUACAUGGUUCAAAGGAACAUGGCAAUAGUCUGACUUGUACAGUUACAUUCUCUACUGCUGAUCUUAGGAUUUGUUAAGAGAAACAAUUGUUUUCCUUUUGAAUAAUUUGCCAGACACUUCUGCUUGAAAGCAGUGAGUGUGUCUUUUGUAAAUUAGCCCUGUGAAUAAUUCAUAAAGUUAAUAGAAUGAUGAUCUUUUUGUCUGUUCAA